CCUUUUCUGUAUCCACUUCUCUAUGGGGCUUAUUGUGCUGUGCACUGGAUGCAUGUCCCAAAGACCCAGCUCUUUUUCGACCCUCCUUAGAUUUAAUUCUGUCAUUUCCUUUGGACGCUACUGUCUUACAUACUUCUCCCACCCCGCCCCCUGUCCUUGGUCGCUUGGCCAAGAACAAAGUUACAGUAGCUGAUGCCUUUGAUAUGAAUUUGCAAACCCGCACUCUGACUCGCAAACCUAAUCAUUCGUUCUCACACCGCAACAUUACCAUCCAAUUUUUUCAGCACAUUGAGUCACAACUUUUGUCCUAUUACCCUUUCUUUAGUCAAUUUUAUCAAAAUCGUCCGAGUACACCUCUUCCUUUCUACUCCUCUAUUGAGGCCCUACUAGCCAGUAUCACUUUUGCUAACCCCCUAAAAUCAUUAUCUACUCGACUCUUCCGUCGCACGGUAACCCCACAACUCAUUAAUAAUCCAAAUUCUUCCUUUAUAGAGCCUCUGGAGAAACGACAAUGGAAGCGAUUUUGGUUGGAACCCGUGUCUCACACCGCUCGUAAUGUCUGGUAUCGUGCACUCCAUCAAAAAAUUUCAUGUAAAGCCAUCCUACACUAUACAAUUCCAAGUUCAUUCCCCUCUCCCAAUUGUGUUUUCUGUUCGGAUACUCCCGAUACUAUCACUCAUUUUUUAUAUGCUUGCCCUAUUAAGUGGACUAUAUGGUACACCAUCUGGUGUGACCUUUUCCUUUUUUCUCCUACCUUUUCACAAGUCCAUCAUGCAAUCUUUUCUUUAUCCUUCCCCUCCAAUCCAUCCGCAGUCAGUAGCCACAUGAUCAUUUCAUGUAUCCUACAGGGUCUGUGGUCUGCUCACUGGCGCUAUGUUUUUGAUCAAGUGCCCUUCUUACACGACAACAUUUGCCGUGAUAUUCAUUUCCUCAUCACUUGUACUCGGCCUCUGAUAUCUUAUGAACCGCCUUAACUCUACCUACAUGUCUUGCAUCUAUCUUGUACAUAAUUAUAUACAAAAAAAAAAAAAAAAAAAAAAAAAAAAAAAAA